UCUAAGGAAUUAUAAAAGUGGCCAGCAAAGAGGAGCUCAGUGAUUGUGCAUCUACUCUUGCCUCAGAGAGGCAGAGAGCACGACAGAGGGCUCAGGGGCAGAGGGGGACAGGGGGACUCUCAUUUUUCCUGUGCAUUACUCCUCUCCCAAUUUGAAUGAUGUUACUGAGCUUGGACGUUUUUCUGACUUCCAUUCUGUGAUUUCUGGAGAGUGCUGUGACUAUUACUACAAUCUCUUUUUGUCUGUGUCUCACAGUAAUGGAUUGUGAUAGAGUUAAGGCCUUUUGGAGGUGAGCUGUUUGAGAGCUGAUGCUUAAACAUGUCUGAAGUAGCUGCUGAAACUUUCCCCAGCCCCUCAGCUCAGCUGAGCCCUGAUGCAUCCCUCAACGGGCUCCCGGCUGAGGAGAACAUGCCAGGGAUCCAAAGAGAGGACAGGAGGGUCCAAGGGAUAGCAGGCCUUGCUGCAACCUGCUGUGUGUGCCUGGAGGCAGAGCGACUGAAGGGCUGCCUCAACUCUGAAAAGAUCUGCAUUGCCCCUAUCCUGGCUUGCCUGCUCAGCCUUUGCCUCUGCAUUGCUGGCCUAAAGUGGGUCUUUGUGGACAAGAUUUUUGAGUAUGACUCUCCUACCCACCUUGACCCUGGAAGGAUAGGACAAGACCCAAAGAGCGCUGUGGAUCCAACAGCUCUGUCUGCCUGGGUGCCUUCGGAGGUGUAUGCCUCACCCUUCCCUGUACCUACCAAGGCUGAAGUGACAGUGCAAAGCGACAGCUCACUUGUGCCCUCCAAACCGUUCCUCCAACCUUCUCUGUAUAACCGCAUCCUAGAUGUUGGGUUGUUGUCCUCUGCCACACCUUCGCUGUCACCACCUGCCCUGGAGCCUACCACAGCAUCUCAGGUGCAAGCAACAGAAACGAAUCUCCAAACUGCUCCAAAAUUUUCCACUUCCACAUCUACAACCGGGACAAGUCAUCUCACAAAAUGUGAUAUAAAGCAGAAAGCCUUCUGUGUAAAUGGAGGAGAGUGUUACAUGGUUAAAGACCUCCCAAACCCCCCAAGAUACCUAUGCAGGUGCCAACCUGGAUUCACUGGAGCAAGAUGUACUGAAACACUGCCCAUGAAAAUCCAAAACCAAGAAAAGCAUCUUGGGAUUGAAUUUAUGGAAGCUGAGGAACUGUACCAGAAACGGGUGCUGACCAUAACUGGCAUUUGCAUUGCUCUUCUAGUAGUUGGCAUCAUGUGUGUGGUGGCCUACUGCAAAACCAAGAAGCAGAGGAAAAAGUUGCAUGACCGCCUUCGGCAGAGCCUGCGCUCGGAAAGGAACAAUGUGAUGAACAUGGCCAACGGGCCACACCACCCCAACCCACCGUCAGAUAAUGUCCAGCUGGUGAACCAGUACGUUUCAAAAAACGUCAUCUCCAGCGAGCAUGUCAUCGAGAGAGAAACAGAGACUUCUUUUUCUACAAGCCACUACACCUCAACAACACAUCACUCCGUGACAGUCACGCAGACACCCAGCCACAGCUGGAGUAAUGGCCACACUGAAAGCAUCCUCUCCGAAAGCCACUCAGUGCUCAUCAGCUCCUCCAUGGAAAACAGCAGGCACACCAGCCCAGUGGGGCCCCGGGGCCGCCUCAAUGGUAUUGGUGGGCCACGGGAAGGAAACAGUUUCCUCCGGCAUGCGAGAGAGACCCCUGAUUCCUACCGAGACUCUCCUCACAGUGAAAGGUAUGUCUCAGCUAUGACCACACCAGCUCGCAUGUCACCCAUCGAUUUCCACACUCCGACUUCUCCCAAGUCCCACCCCUCCAAAAUGUCACCACCGGCUUCCAGCUUGACUGUCUCUGUCCCUUCGGUGGCAGUGAGUCCCUUCAUAGAAGAGGAGCGACCACUGCUCCUGGUGACCCCGCCGCAGCUACGUGAGAAGUAUGACCACCACCUUCAGCAGUUCAACUCUUUUCACCACAAUGCUGCCCACGAGAGCAACAGCCUGCCACCAAGUCCUCUGCGGAUAGUGGAGGAUGAGGAGUAUGAGACCACGCAGGAGUACGAACCAGCACAGGAGCCUCCAAAGAAACUCACCAACAGCCGGAGGGUCAAAAGAACAAAGCCCAACGGCCACGUUUCCAGCAGGGUGGAAGUGGACUCUGACACUAGCUCUGAGAGCAGCAGCUCUGAGACCGAAACCGAGGAUGAAAGAAUAGGUGAGGAUACACCAUUCCUGAGCAUACCAAACCCCGUGGCAACCAGUCUGGAGCCAGCCGCUGCCUACCGGCUGGCUGAGAGCAGGACUAACCCAGCAAAUCGGUUCUCCACAAAGGAAGAAUUGCAAGCAAGGUUGUCCAGUGUGAUAGUUAACCAAGACCCUAUUGCUGUAUAAAACAUAAAACACAUAGAUUCACAUGUAAAACUUUAUUUUAUAUAAUGAAGUAUUCCACCUUUAAAUUAAACAAUUUAUUUUAUUUUAGCAAUUCCGCUGAUAGAAAACAGGAGAGGAAAAAAAAACUUUUAUAAAUUAAAUAUACGUAUGUACAAAUGUGUUAUGUGCCAUAUGUAGCAAUUUUUUACAGUAUUUCAAAAAUGGGGAAGAUAUCAAUGGUGCCUUUAUGUUAUGUUAUGUUGAGAGCAAGUUUUGUACAGUUACAAUGAUGGCUGUCCCAUAGUAUUUUGCAAAACGUUCUAUCCCUCAGUUGUCCUGGCUUUUUUGUGCACUGCAUUAUAAUGACUGGAUGUAUGAUUUACAAGAACUGCAGAGGUCCCUCUGGUCGCUUGUUGUAGAAUCCCCAGAUCAAAAAGCCCUGUAAUGGCACUCCCACCCUACCCACCCCAUGAGAAAAACGUAUACACACACACACAGAGAAAAAAAAAGGAAAGAAAAAAAGCUAGAAAAACAACAAAAAUAUUUUCUUCUCUAAAAAGUUUUAUUUGUUUUCUGUAUGAAAUGAGUUUUGUCUGCUCUCUGCCAGCCAAAAGGUUUGCUGCUUUGAGCACUGGGGUAACAGUAGAUCCAACAGCAUGCUACUAUUAAUUACAGCAGGAUAACAAAAA